AUGAAAGCCACAGGGGAUUUUGGCCCUGCGCCUCCAGGCAUUGACCUGGCCGAGAAUCAGCAAACCCAGAUGCUCGGGGCAGUCAUUACUCUGAUGAUCAUUGGAACCCUGGCGGUUCUUUUACGCGUAUAUACACGGGCAAAGACAACCCAGACACAUUUCGGUCUUGAUGACUUUUUGAUCUUUGCUGCUUUGUGGUUCGCUUACGGCACUGGUAUAUGCGUGAUCAUCAGUAUCAAAUACAAAAACGGAUGGCAUCAACAAGCCCUCACUGAUUCCGAAUUCAUCUCGCUCUGGAAGCUCCUAUUCGCGCAUGUUUUCAUCUACUGCACAACGGUCACUUUGACCAAAUCCUCCAUCAUCAUGUUCUAUCGUCGCAUCUUUAACCUGCGCUGGUCCUUAUAUUACGCCAUGGCCAUCAUUAUAGGCUACUUCGUCGCUGUCAUUGUCACCAUCGCGGCCGCAUGUCGUCCUACAUCAUAUUUUUGGGAGCAAUACACAGACCCCACGGCUGAAGGGACUUGCAUAGACGUUCCUCAAUUCUUCUUGAUCAAUGGCAUUGCCUCUGUCGUGAUUGAUGUCAUGAUUCUGUGUGUUCCAGCUCCUAUUAUCUGGAGAUUGCAAAUGCCCAAGUCCCAGCGUGUUGCAGUGACUAGUAUAUUACUGCUUGGUGGAUUUGUCUGUAUUGCCGGUGUCGUUCGCGUUAUUUUCUUGCACAAACAUACCCAGUCUGAAGAUCCAUCUUGGACAAUCGCCCCUGUCUUCGUGUGGUCAUGCGUUGAACCUUUUAUUGGAAUUGUCUGCGCUUGUCUACCAACGUUUUCACCCUUGUUCCGCCGCUGGUGGGCCAUUUUGGGUAUCAAGCAGUCAGCUACCAAGAAACAAGGAGAUUGCUAUGAUUCAGGGGGCACCAAAACCCAUCGUUCGAGACAACACGCAUCUGAAGAUGAGGAGGAUAGCCCCCAUGGUGAUGAAGUCCAAUUAACCAGCUUCCCUGGUUGGCCAUUGAACUUCUUGCGUGGAAAAGGUAGUAAAGAUGAUGUGGCUCCUUCUAGAAUUCAGAUUAAAGACGAGGUCACCAUCUCGUUCUCUGUGAAUUAA